AAUCGGCAAUUGAGGGACUGAAAAAUUAAAUCUGGUUCUUCGAUUCUAGUCGAUUCAGGUAUCCGAUAUAAUAUAGCCUUUCUGGAAGGGAAGCCUGAACCCUAGCGUGACUUCUUCUGUAGCGGCUGCAAGAAAUGGGCGAGAUGAAGGAUCUGUACGUAAGCACGACGCGCUCCCUCCUCCGUCUGGAUCUGAAAAACUACAAUUUCGAUCCCUUGUUAGAAUCGGGAGAGCCUCCGCCACAAGCAGCGGUUUCCUUGGAAUAUGGAAAGAACUAUCCGUAUGGGUUGCGUGUUAUCAAAUCCAGCCGAUCCAAGAUCUACAUGGUCGGCGAGAAAACUACUGGCUACUCUUGCACGGCCGAAGUUCACGAAUUCGAUCCAAUUGCAAAUAGCUUGCAGAAAGCAAACAUCUCUUUGAGAGGUUCAAAAUCGUGGCCGAUCGUGGCAGAAAUUGAUGGAAAGAUCUAUGUCCUCGAAACAGGAAGCUUGUAUCAUCAACCGGGNGACAAUGAUGAUAGGCCUGAUCGUGUGGCCGGCCAUUUUGUUCUGGGCCAUAAGCUGUACAUCUUGACAUGUUCUAAUAAGGUAUACCACUAUGAUACCAAGAGAAGACUGUGGGGUAGAGAGGAAGACAUGCUUAAAUAUUUCUGCAGAUAUUUAGGCUACCCUUGGAUAAUUCCAGCGGGUGGAACAACUGUGUGUGGUGGAGAUGUCAUUCUUGCCUUUCAGGAACAGGACGAUUACGAUCCCUGUUCUGCUCGUGGUAUAAGGGAUAUAAUGGACUUGUUUGGUUAUCUGUACUCGAAAGAUGGGUGUCUCUUGGGCUACCAAAAUUUGGGCAAUGUCUUCUCUGUGCGGCUAUAUUCAAUGAGAUACCAUGUGUUUGCUAUGGAGGAUGGCAGAGUGUGCGCUCUAUUGUUUGGAUACAAUCCUGCGAUUCCAGCUCUGCGCAGGAAUCGGAUGAACAAAUCCAGAUCAACCCCAAUUAGCGUUCCAUUUCAGGUGCUUGCUGUAUCCAUCUUUAGUGUAGUGAAAAUGUGUGAUGCUGCUCGUGCACUGCAGGAUAAAGCACCAUGUAUGCCUCUUGCUGCUCGUCAUCGUCUUAGUGAUUAUAAAGAACAUGAGAGCGCAUUCCUGUCUCUUGUGAUUGAGAGCCAAUACAUUUUCCAGGUAGAAGACAGCCAUGUUUCUCUUCCUCUAGGGGCAUUCUUCCCCUAGACCCUUAACCACUUCACCUAAUUUUAUGUCGCCUGCCAUUUUCACUUCCAAUGCCAUGGAUUUUCAUUAUGUUGUUUGCACUCUGUAUGAGUUGGGUUUUAUUUUAUGCUAUGUAUGCACACUUGGUUCUCUCUCCAUUUUAUCAGUAGUGUACUUGUUAUUUAAGCAGUUUAUGUUGUUACACUAAUUGAACUUCUGUGGUUGAAAUA